GGUUUAAGGAACGUCUGUAUGACGAGGAAAGUUGUGUUUAUUAUUCUGUGCUGGUUUUCUCUUCUGUGAAAGCUGUGGGAUAGGGAUGGCAGCCGUUUUUGUCAUCUUCUGCUUGACUAUAGUGUCUCUAGCGCUGCCUGUUACACCCAACGGGGAUGGUUUUAAUGGCCAUUUUUCAGCCUACUCACCAGGAAUCAUACAUGAUGUUUGGCGUGUUCCUGACGCUGCAGCACAUCUUCAGAAUGAAGUUCCUCAACGUCACAAUUUUGAAGAACUUUUAACUAUGUUUCCAAUGCCUUAUAAUAUACAGGCUCUUCUGGACAGAAGGAGUUUUUCGUUAAGGAUAAUGAACUCAUCUUGGACUGGUCCAGCGGAUACUAAUGUGUUCCACAGAGGAGACCAGUUGUAUCUGCAGGUGUCUGGCUCACCUGUAUCCGGCCAACAGCUUUAUGUCCAGUCCUGCCAUGCUUCCUCUUCUCCAAACCAUACUAACAAACCUGAAGUCGCCCUUAUCAUUAACAAAGGAUGUGUGGCCUCCAAAGAGUCUUUGGUGAAGUUUGUGAUGCAGCAGCCUGAUAGAGUGAACUUGAUUGUUCGUACAUCCAGUUUAAAGUCUUCUGAGAGUUACAUUCACUGUAAAGUGUAUCUUACUAAUUUGGGUGUCACCCCUACCACUAAAUCCUGCAACUAUAACAAGAUGAAAUCCAGCUGGGUUGACCUGGGUGGACACACUUCAGUAUGUGAUUGUUGUCGGCGGAGGUGCAGAAACUUAAUUGAACGUGUAGAACUGCCUAUUUCUCUAGACCUGACUGCGGAUGUAAGCACUGGCCCGUUCAUACUAAAGGAUCAAGAAUCCACUGCACAGGCCACACCGCUGCCUCUAUCAGACCUCAGCACUAAAUCCAGCCCUACAGCCAAAGAUGACGCUGAUAAAAGAUGGAUCAUGGCAGGUACUUCUUUCUCUGGGCACUCGGUGCAAAACGUUGACACUGCCUCCCCCUGGCCUGUUCCACCUGGCUUUGGUGGGGUGAUGGUCAUCAGCCAGGGCCUGGGAAGUGACUUAUCAAUGUGGCUACCAGACAUUGAGUUUGCGCUUAACCCAGUGGUGCAGAUUGAGAGCGGUUAUGCAGGGAACUCUGACACCUUUCAAAAUGCUGAACCCUAUAGAAAGCUGCAACCAGAUGUUGUGAAGAGUCCAGCGGUUGCUGUGGGUGAAGGAAAAGUUUAUAUAGGAGAUGUGGCUUCACACAAAAAUAGGUUGGACAUGUGGCAUCUUAAUAAUGUUGACCACUUGCAUAAAAUUCAGAAAAAACCUGUUGUGACUUCAGUGGAUUAUCCAGAGCAGCCUCUCCCGCUUCUUGAAUCCAAAUUCGACUUCGCUCCAAAUGACCAGCCUCUGAUCAGCCCUACUCCAGAGAAGCUCUCUGAGAGCGCAGAGGAAAAGGGAGAAGUUGUUUUCAGACAGGCUGAGAUUAUAUUUAAUGAUUCUAAAGGAGCUCAAUUAUCAGAGCCAGUUCUCUAUUCCAAACUGAGUCUGAAUCGAGCUGCGGAUGGAUCUAGUGUUCUUAGUUAUGAGGAACAGAAGAGGCCCAGCAUGAACAAACGGGACAAAAGGUCACAACUAGAGAAGAGUGGCAAGGAUGUGCAGAUGGAGGAUACCUCUGAAAUCAAAGACCUGGUUUCAUCCCUAUUGGAUCAACUGAGAAGACUGUGGACUGCGCAGUGACGGUUUUUCGUCAUGCCUCUUGUGGUGGCUGAUUUUUCUGCAAUUUAAAUAAGUUCUGCCUUAAUAAAAUAUGCUUUCUGUA